AUGUCGGUGUUCAUAGAUGUGUUCAAUCACCUUGUUCUACCACCACAGCUUCUUGGAAGACAAGACGAAAGUAUUGGAAGCACUGGUGAUGCCAUUAUCGCCCGUCUAAUUCAGGCUACAUUGACUCUGAGCCGAAUCACUAGCCAGGAGCAGACAACCCCCUGGUAUGCGAUUAGUCAGAGUCUUCAUCGUUAUCAGUCUCUUCAUGCACAUGGUCGGCUCGAGAAGCUGUCACUGAUCUGUCAAUUCCGCAAAAUCAAUCAAGAACAACCGCUUCUUCUGCAUAUCGCUGAACAGAACGCUGCGCUAAUCGUUCGAUAUAAUACCAGUACCCAAACAGAAGCUGUUAUCUUUGAGGCUUUCGAGAUAUCGCCCUCAUCUACCGAGGUGCUGGCUAGCGAAGGCGCCCUUAUCUGCGAUUUCCCCGACUGCUCGGCGCAGGUACCUCUUGCUGAGUUCGAAAAGCCAUCGUUCCAACACGCCUUGGCCGAAUUUCUGGAGAAGGGGAGCAUGGAACCCUUGAGAUGCUUUCAGGCCCUUGUGACAAAAGCGCAAACCCCGAUUGUCGAAUCGCGUGAUACAGGAAGUCCAGGGCUGGUAACGCACCUACUCAUACCCUUGCUCGAGUCCAUUGGGUCCUCUGUAGACGAUGAUAUUCCUCGCUUGAGAAAACGAGUUCGAGAUGAUGCGAACAUUGGCGUUGCGGAAUUCCCAUGGCGAAGAUCGCCUCUCUGGAUCACACUGCGCGUGGGGAUUCAGAGACAACUACAAAUCACGCUAGGAAAUGAGAGUGGAAGAGCUUACUAUAAGUUUUUGAUCGUCACUCUGCUGAUUGAGCUUCUUCUGGAAUGCCCUGGAAGACUGGCACCCGAGCUGACAAUGACCCUCCGUGCCAAAGUCUGUCGCCGUCUCGCAAAACUUGAGCAAGAGAAGAGUAAGUCACCCGAAUUGUAUGGUUCACUGUUCAUUACCACUGCAGCCUUCUUUAAGGAAAGCAUCAUUAAAGUCACACAUCUGGUCAAUCUGGCCUGGGAGAAGUUCAGGCGAGACACGACACGGUCUGUUCCUCACCUUCCCACACGUGCUGAUCAACAAUCACUAUUCCUGUCCCUUCCCAACAGUGGAUCGUACCUUCAAAACGUUUUGAAAUUACCUCGCGCACAGGAGAGGACCUCUCCCUCGUUGCAGCUUCCACCACUACACGAUACCACGGUCGAGCAAGUUGAGAAGUUUACAGAUAUGUAUCAUGGAUUGACCAGAUUGGAAAGUAAGAUUGAGAAACAAGAAGAACCCCAGUUAAUUGGAGAUCGUACCCUCGAAUCGAUUUGCGAAAAGCUAUCAGAAGCGAUCCUUGGUCUCAUGAACACUGUUGGGGCAGCGUACAACUCCGAUCCUGAGCAAAUGUCAAUCUUCAUUCUGAGUCUUUUUAGACUCUGGGUGAGGCUAGACAAGUACAUGGUCAAAAUUAGCCCGCUCCUCUUGGAGUACCACCCAGUGUUUACUCCUGAGCUUUUGGAUGCCCUGCAUAUCCCGACCGCCGCGGGAAUGCGACGCCUUCGUGACAUCCAAAAUUAUAUUCGCAACAGAUGUGAGAGAUGCAUCUAUCAAACAACCAUAUUCUCUGAGCCCAAAGAAGAGUGCUUUGUGGUGAAAUAUGUUUCGACUUCCAGUUCAAUGCAACAACUCCACCAAAGGAUAUUAGUAGCAACGGAGGCAUCACGCCAAGCAAAGGUAUCAGAGCUGGAGAGAUGGUGUUCUGAAUAUGAUGAACACUGCUUGGGCAUCUCUGGAGGCAUAUGUACCUGCACAUUUAAGCGUGAUGGGGAGCGAGAUGUAAGGGGAUGUACCAAAUGCUGGCACUGGCGAGUUCGGAACCGCAUGCGGAUCUUUGCGCACGAAGACUUCCUUCCCAAUGACGCGAUCAAAGCAGCAGCGGUCAUCUUCGAGUUGGCUAUUCCAAGGUCUUUUGCGGCCUAUCGCAAUGCAACGUGGAAGAUUUUAAUGUUGGCUUACCCCACCAAACCGCAAUCUGGAUCGCCCACAGUACUCCUGAAAGACUAUGGCCCGCUCACAGCAUAUGCAUCGAGAAAUUCUACCGGUAUCACUAUUGCAUCGACAUCCAAGUCAUUCCUUGGCACGCACUACAAAGUGAGUAAGAAAAAGUUGAGGGCAUCCGAAUCUGAUGUUCUUUAUCCUAAUGGAUUGAAUUUCUCCUACUUUGAUAUAGGCUCAGGCACCUGGGUCAAGGACUUCAACAAACCAUUGACUUUUCAGCAUGAGUGCGGAGUAUAUGUACCGCUUAGCCUUCGCAGCUCCGUGAUACAAAGCUCGUUGCACCCUCCCACCGUUACGACUGGGCCAUCUUCUUAUGAAAUCGUCGCAUCAGAAACGCAAUGCCCACCCAGCGUGUCCGUACAUGAAUUCACCGCUUGUCAGCGACUGAUUUCAGGCAAAACCCGUCGAUGGCUGACGAUGUUGGUCGAACUAGGUGCAUCAAAUGUGAACUUCAGCAGCGAGAGUACGAUGCACCUGUUCAAUCACCUUGCUAUUCAGGCGGGGCCAGCAAAAAAUAAGGAUGAUACAUUCGGAGACAUUCAUUCAGUCUUCGAUGACAUGUCAUUCUGCGACAGCCUGGCUGCACAGGUGGAAAAACGUCUCAGCGAUAUCACGUCGAACUGGCGCGAGGUUCACUGUAUGGAGGUCAUGAUCACAUUGACUCUGCGCCUUUGUGACUUAGCGGUGCCUAUGAUUCGAGCAGAUAACCUGUUGGUACAGGCACGUCACAUAACUUUGGAUUGGAUUACCCGUCUCCGAGCUGACGUUAGAAAUGCCAAAGAGACUUCUAUCGGGGAAACAGCCGCUAGCUACGCUUUCUGGGCUGCAUUGCUUUGCCGCCGGACAUUCUCCAACAUUACAGAAUCAGAUACUAUGAUGUCAGAGAGUGAUUUAUCAACAUUUGUUCAGGCUUCAUUAGCUCUUCAAGAAAACCUCCUAGUAGACUUGGCCAAGCUGCCGCCAGUCCUAAAGAGGAUACUGAUUCGAGACACCAAAAUAACGUAUAAGAUCAGAAAAGUCUUACUACGGUCCAUAAAAGCCCAACCUCAAAGUAUUGGCAUAGCAAUCAAUGCAUCAUGGUCAGAACCGGGAAGUUCAGCUCGGAAACUUUUCGAUGGCUGGCAGCAAGUCUCACCGAGACACGAUCGAUGGGUAGUGAGUUUUAUGAACAACUCGAAGAACCCAGCAAAUACACAAGUAGUUCAUUACAACUUCAUUGAGGGCCACUUGCUUGUUGAUGGCAAGCCCUUAGGAAGACUUCCACACGAUGUUCGAGAGUCGGAUGAAGUGAGGCAGCUGUUUGGUGACCAACGGCUUCUCACCUUUCCAUCUGCAGAGUUUGGCAUGUCAUACGUCCUCGCAUCACCGAUAUGCAACCAUGAGAUACACUUUGGAUCUCGGAACGGGCAGGUCGUCAUCCGCGCUUGGAGUCAGGACGAGCUCCUGGAAUACAUCCCGUCUCACCGUUUUGUUGGACCCGAGGCCGUUGACCUUCCGGAUGGCCUCAUCUCCAAUUGUGCGCAUUGGUUGAAUCUGAGCACAAAGUGUCUUGAGAUCCGACGCAAGCCUGUCCUGUGGAGGACAAGGAUGAAUGACUGGAGAGUUGAUCUUAUCAAAUGGCAGGCUCAUAGAAGCAACCGGACGUUAUUGGUCGACCCUAAUUCUACCCUCUUUAAGCAAGUUGCCGAUAUCUUCCGUCAUUUUGAAGACUCACGCAAGAUUACCAUCUUUCAGCCUAUCCACUCAAAAGGGAACCUAUCUGUUGAGCUACGUCAUCUGGAACUAGCAUUUUUUGUGAAUACAAAGGGACUUCUUCAAUGUCGAGAGUUGAAUGAAGAGAUCGAUCCAAACCAAGACGCUGGCACACUAUACGGGUUGGAGAGCAAAAUUGUUCUGCGUGACAUCGCAAACAUCAAACGCCGCAGUAUAAUCACACCAUACGAAGCAAUAUCCUCUGCACGCCGUGGAAUGCAUGUGACCGUCAGAGCGGCUUGCAGCACUGAUUAUGCGAAAUUUGGAAUUGAUGAUGUUCUCGGACGCUUGUCAUGCCCUCUCGAACCCCGAAUCUUAUACGCAAAAGCCCAAUUUCAUGCAUAUACAUCAUUCGUCAUACCUGAUCCUUUGACUGGCCGCACUGGCACGGAGGAAGCGCUGCACAUGCUUCAAUCGGCUUAUUGUCAACCGUGGCAACCUUUAGGAAGAGUAGCAAUCGACAUUCUCAAAACGAUUGCAGACCUUAGUCCAAAACGAGAGUACUAUCCGGCGCACAAGCAAGCACUGCAAGCUGUUUCCUGGAACGCAAGGCUUACGGUAACUAUUCAACAUGAUGCAUACGAAGGGCUUGUGCAAAAGAUACUUGAUAGGUCGAACUAUCUUGAGGUCUUUGCUCAAAAUGCAGCAAAGGAUGUCAACAUUAGUGCAUAUGUUCCGUCUCACCUUCGAAAACGGGGCCUUGCGCAGCGCCGCGUCUAUGAGCGCAGUGUCGGCGAUACGAUAAGGCCAGCAGCUAGCGACUGUAUGUAUAAAUCUCGAGGCCAGCAACCCAAUUCGAUGCAAGCACGCAAAGUUUAUCACAUUGCGAACCUUUUCCAGACAAAACCCUUUCAAAUUAACACAAGCCGAGAGCUUUCUGCGAUAUUACAGGAUUGGCAGCUUAUCGGCGGGUUCCACACGGUACGUCGGGCCGAGGUUGCAAGCCUGAGCGACCUGGUCGAGAAGAACGUCAAUGAGCAAUGGGGCAGUCUUGUGGAUAUAUGUCGUCAUUCCGAUAUUAACGAACCAUACAGCUUGAUGUUUCGUCUAAGUCUCAUGUCACUUAAUGGCACGACUGACCUGGACACCAUCAAGAUCCUGGCAGCGUUUGCGUCUCUGCCGACGUUAAGGAACUUGAUACCCCCAUCUUGUUCCUCAUUCAAUCAGUUUAAACUCAAUGAGAAGCCCAGUGUGAAAUCCAUUUUUCGUAUCAUCUCGGCCGAUUUACCGGAGAAGCGUCACCAAAUAAAUACCAGGGCCGAAGUAGAGCACCGAAAGGCAUGUGAAGCUGAGGGGAAACGGUUAGCCCAACAUUUCCUUGAUCAAUGGCCACACGAAGAAGUCAAUCUGAGAGGGUUCGAUUCGGAUGAACUUGAUAUAGGUCUCGCAAUGGAGCGUGUUAUCCCUGAGUGGGAGCGCUUGCAUUCAAACUUGGCACUCUCAGAGUACGUAAUUCGUGUGCAGGACGUACUAAGACACCACGAGGGACCAGGAGAUAUGUCAUAUUCCAAAGCUUGGGAUUGGGCACAAGAACAAUUUCAUGGGGAAACACAUGAUCCUGUCAUACCGUCGAUUUUGGGGGAUAUUCUCCCUAAAUCGCUACCAGGACCUUUGGACCGCCAUGCUUGCGAGCUACUCCUACCGAAUGACAUCAGGAUCUCUGUUGGUGCGACGCAGGAAAUCAUAGCGACGAAGCCAGUCAAGGAGAAUGUUGAGCUACGGCAAAUUCUUUGCGCCUUUGUGAAGGCAUCGAACCCUCUCCGCCAGCAGUAUGGCCUUGAUCUGAAGAUGAGCCUUGAUGCCCUGGAGAAGACCAGCAAUCAGACUCUAGUUCAACAUACCAGCCCGAAUAUUACAGUCAACGCAAGAUGCAUCCGAGACCUCCGUACAGUGAUAGCCACUCACUUGGCCCAGAUCCAAAGAGCUUUAUCCAGCAACGAUGAUCGCUUCUCGUGGCUAGACCUUGGAAACCUCUGGCCUUGCAUGACGUCAAUCUCGCUUCUAGAGCAAUUGCGCUCGAGAUCGUCUUCCAAGUUUGGGGAUUUUGUACAAGAGGCGAUUGUGGCACAUGGAAUUCUCAUCACAAAGUUGCAGCGACUAGUGCGGAUUCACAAUGCGCUGUAUCGUGGCAAAAGUAAUAGUCUCUCGGAAGAACUUGGGAACUCCGGCCAUGGAAAUUGGAAUCCACUAGAAUGGCCUGACUGGCUUCUAUUGGAGAUUGAUAGUGACAUUCUGAUCCGGCAGGAGCAGGUUGAUGUGGCACAUGCUAUCAUUGCACCGGAAUCGAGAAACAACACCGUGUUGCAGUUGAACAUGGGUAAAGGCAAGACAUCGUGUAUCGUUCCCAUGGCAAUGGCGGUGAUUGGAGACGGCAAGCAGCUCCCUCGUCUUAUUGUACCCAAACCAUUGCUCUUGCCAACCGCGCAAAUGAUCCAGUCGCGACUAGGCGGCUUAGUCGGUCGUGAGAUACGACACAUUCCUUUCUAUCGUAGAACGAACAUCAGUCGCCGAACACUUCAGCUCUAUAGAGACCUCCAUCAGGAAAUUUUAGACGUUCAGGGCGUUGUGUUGAUUGCACCAGAGCACCUUCUUUCCUACAAGCUUAGUGGCCUUCAACAUCUUGCCAGCGCCAACUUAGAGACUGCAUGCGAAAUGAUCGAGUUCCAAAAAUAUCUCAGCUCGGUUUGCCGGGACGUUCUGGACGAGUCAGACGUUUCAUUGGCCGUAAAGACUCAACUCAUCUAUCCGAGCGGCAAGCAGACUACAGUAGACGGUCACCCGCAUCGCUGGCAAGUAGCGCAAUCGCUGCUAUCACUGGUGAAAGACCAUCUUCCAGAGCUUGAGCAUAAAUUCCCACGGAAUAUUGAAGUCUUGCAGCGUGGCCAGGGCUAUCCGAUGAUUUACAUCCUCCAAGCAGAUGUGGAGGAAGAUCUGCACCGACACAUAGUCGAUGAGAUUUGUACAGGAAGGACGUCAUUUCUUCGCUUCGCAGACUGCACUACAGAUAGCUCCAUUGAGAGCUUGCGCAGAGUGCUCUUAGAAACGAGUUUGGAUCAUGAGUUGUUGGGGCGUGUGGCUAAACUGUUCACCGACGACAACAUUGCGUUCAAAACGCUGUUGCUUGUUCGGGGUCUGCUGCGCAAUCGAAUACUGCUGCUUUGUCUCAGAAAGCGCUGGAACGUCCAAUAUGGCUUGCAUCCCAAGCGAGAUCCGAUAGCGGUGCCCUUCGAAGCAAAAGGCAUUCCUUCCGAGCAGGCUGAGUUUGGACACCCCGACGCCGCGAUUCUUUUCACAUGCUUGGCAUUCUAUUAUACGGGUCUUAGUCGAGUCCAAUUCCGCGAAGCUCUUCGCCACAUUCUGGCAUCACACGACCCGGCUAGUGAGUACGAUAGGUGGACUAGCAGUUGCGAUUCGCUUCCAGAGGCUUUACAUCAUUGGAAUGUUAUCAAUUCUGACGACCAUGAUCAAGUAGGCGAACUCUGGAGACACCUUCGAGCAGACAGAACCGUGCUCGACCACUACAUGAACCACUUUGUAUUUCCAGCCCACGCCAAACAGUUUGACAUCAAGCUACAAGCUUCCGGGUGGGAUCUACCUUUGUUCACGCGAACCGAAUUCGAUAACCCACUCACAGGUGCAAGGACCACUGGGUUUAGCGGUACCAAUGACAACAAAAUGAUGCUGCCGCUGACGAUUCAACAGAGUGAUCUGCCAAGCUUGCAUCAAACUAAUGCUGAGGUGCUUACCUACCUCUUGCAAGAACGGAACCGUGCAUACCACGUUGUAGCUCGUGGUGAGAAGCGACUAUCUGAGAGGGAAUUUCUCGAACAGCUCAGGGAGAAGAAUAUUCGUGUUCUCAUUGAUGCCGGUGCUUACAUACUCGAAAUGAGUAAUGAAAAUUUAGUUAAGGCAUGGAUGGACAUAGAUACUAGGCCACCGGCGGCUGUAUAUUUUGGUGCUGACAAUCGAGCCUGGGUGCGAUAUCGCGGUAUCAAGGAGUCAGUCCCUUUGCUAGCAACCCCAUUCGUCGACAAUAUGGACAAUUGUCUCGUAUAUCUGGAUGAAGCGCACACGCGGGGCAUUGACCUGAAACUUCCUCAAGAUGCUUGUGGUGCGCUGACACUUGCUCUUGGGCAGACUAAAGAUCAUACUGUGCAAGCUGCCAUGCGUCUUCGACAGCUUCCAACUACUCAAUCCGUUUGCUUCUUCGCAUUUCCAGAGACUCAUCAGUCUAUUCUUGACGUUUGUGGAAUGAACGAAACUGACAGAGUCAAUUCUUCUCAUGUCGUUACUUGGUUGCUGGAACAGACGUGCCGUUCGAAUGAACAACUCCAGAAUCUAUACGUCUCCCAGGGUGCCGACUUUUGUAAUCGCAUAAAUGCGGAAUGGGAGAACGCAGAUUUCCUCUCUAAUGCCAAAGACAGGAGUGCUUAUGUUCAGGUGCUACAACACCCUGAACAACAAACACUUGAAGAGUUAUAUGGAAGUCACAAGGAGCAUACCCACGUUCCAUCCUCCUCCACGACCAAGUUUACCCAGCUGCAAACUUUCAAGAACAAGCUCAACGAACUGCGUCUGAAUAUGUCAAAUACAGCAACCAAUCUUCACUCUUCUGCGCUGGAGGAAGUAGAACAAGAACGCGAGGUAGAAUUUCAAGUUGAAGAAGUGCGUGAGGUACAGAAAGCCUUACAUCACAAAGCCCAUGUAUUCCCUGGACUUCACCCUGCCAUCUCUGGCUUCGUGAGUACUGGUCGUCUGUGUGGGGUUGAGGGAUAUGAACACGUAUUUGACGCUGUCUCACGCACAUCUAUCGGCAAGAGGUUUGACAUUUCAGGGACAGAGUCUUGCUUGUUCGUUUCCGCAGAGUUUAUGAAGACGAUCAAGACGACCAUGGUCGACUUGAUUGAUAACCAUUUACGACCGGUUGAAUGGAUCCUCUACAAUCCCACUACUUUCAACGCACUCAUCAUCAUCGCCGAGGAAGCAGAAAUGGUGAUUCCUCAAAUUCGCAAUCAAGCAUUCCGCUCCAAGGUUCACCUCCUCACGUAUUCCGCACCAGUCACAAAGAAGAUGGUACAAUUCAGUAGCCUACGAUACUACUCUUUACCAGCACUGCAAAGCGACUACAUUAUUCCAAGAAGCCUUACGGUUGAGCUUGGCAUCUUCGCGGGUCGAUUGUACAUGCAAUACGACGAAUGCGCGCCUCUAGUGGACUACAUCGAUAAAGCUAGCAUGAACAGGCGAUCUAAUGCAAGAACAAAUGACACAAUCAGGUUUAUCUUGGAAUGGGUGUCCCUUCGCCGCAGAGGUCACGACAUUAUGCACACCCCGCUAGGCUACGUGUGCCAGGGCCGUCCCUUGGGUAUGGAGCAUGCUUUCUUUGUGACCAACCAUGCUAGUAACAAUGGUGUGGUUAACUCAUACCAUAAUAAUGGCGCUGUCACUGGCGCACAAGUGGAUUGA